UCUCUCUCUCUCUCCCUCCUCCUCUCCCUCCCAGGUGUUUGGCGAGCUGGUGAGAGCACAAACCUUUCUGCAAUCUGUUUCAAAAUGCGCUCUGGGUCUAGCUCACAGGAGACAAGCAAAUCAUCAUUUUGAGGGAACCCGGAGAGCUUUCAUCUCUCCAAAAACCCGCCAAUUCACCCACGAACUCCUGCAAUAUCGAGGAUCUAAGAUAAAUAACAGACAGCUUGUUCUCUCUCUGUUGUAGUGUUGAGCGGUACGAGCUACCCCGACACACGCAUACACACACAGCUCGGGCGUUCCCGCGACUUCUCUGCGGCUAACGGAAGGGUGUCAGGAGAGAGGUGAGGGAGAAAGGAGGAGGAGAAGGGGAGAGAGGAGGGGAGGAAACCCGACUGUUUUGAAGCUAUACGCCAGUAAACAUAGACUAUAAGCAUACACAGUGAAAGAAGAGGAAACCGUCACAGUGCUAUUUUAUUUCAGUGUGGAUGAAACUAGGAUGAGAGAGACGCCAAAGGAGAGAGACGCCAUCAGUGACAAGUUAAAGGACUCCGCUAUUGGGAUGGCUGAGGUUUCGGUGCAGGAGAGAAUUCAGGCCAUCGCUGAGAAGAGGAAGAGGCAGACAGAGAUCGAGAACAAGAGGAGACAGCUGGAAGAUGACAGAAGACAGCUUCAACACCUAAAGUCGAAGGCUCUGAGAGAGCGCUGGUUGUUGGAUGGGGCUCCAGAGGAAGAUGAGACUCAGAGACGACUUCAGGAGGACAAAGAGAGGACUAAGGCACUAGAGAAGAGCAUCCUCUGCCUGGAGCAGGAGAUAGAGGAGCUGGAGAAUCCGGUCGUGACCAAAGAGAACGGAGGAGCUGUAAAUGGAGUAUCACAGAACCAGAGUCCUAGAAGAGAACUAACAGGAGUAGAAGCUAAGCUGUUGGGUCCCAGUCCAGACCAGGCCAGCGCUGAGAACCCUGUUACCCUGGUCUUCAUGGGCUAUACAGCUCUGGAGGGUGAGACAGCAGGGGAGGUGGGGGGGGCAGGGGGGACAGAGGGUGGAGACGGCUCAGUCAAGGCUGAGUUUGUGAUGCUACCAGACGGGGAGGUGAAGGGGGUAAGAGAGGGGGAGACAGAGACCCAGGCAGCAGCCAAUGGGAGUACGGGUGAGAAGGGGGAAGCAGGGGGGGCAAAUGGGGGAGGAGGGGAGGAGGGGGAGAAGGAGAAGAAACAGAGUUGCAAGUGUUGCACAGUCAUGUGAGUGUUUGUGUGUGUGUGUGUGUGUGUGUGUGUGUGUGUGUGUGUGUGUGUGUGUGUGUGUGUGUGUGUGUGUGUGUGUGUGUGUGUUUGUGUGUGUGCGUGAUAGAAGGAGAGAUGUGUGUGAGAGUUUGUGUGUGUGUGUGUGUGUGUGUGAGUGUGUCAGAGCAAGAGAGACUUGAGUGCGUACGUGUGUGAAUGCGUGUCUGAUCACACACUUAUCAGGACUACAAAACCAAACAGUCCGACUCCUCCUGCCAAGCAACAAAAACUACAGCCAACACCAACCAUAUACAGCCAACAGACACUGGAGAAUCAGUACUACUUUGUAUUACUGUAGUAGUACUACAACAACAACCUACAGCCAGGACAAUAUACACUAGACUAUGUACUACUUUAGUACUACAAUAACAACCUACAGCCAGGACAAUAUACAUUAGACUAUGUACUACUCUAGAACUACAAUAACAAUGGGGAAAUCUGAAAUGGAACCCUAUUUCCUAUAGUACUUUGGGCCAAAACACUCCCACAGUGCACUAGUAUAGGGAAAAGGCUGCUUUCAGAUGCAGCUAGUACCUCCAGACUGAUCAAACAAAAACUCCCUCACUGUGUACUGCUAUCGUACUACUAUUUACUACGAUGUAUUUCUUCUGAUAUGGAUUAUUCUUUUGUUUUGAUUGAUAUUUUUAUAUUUUUCUGUCUUGACAUUUAUAGUGUAUUCUGUGUGUACUUCUGUAUUCUAUUCUAUUAAUAUUAUCUUUAUUAUUGAACUGGAUGUGCCGUCACGUUAUUGUUGAAAAGAAAAUGUAGCAGGUCUUUGUAUUGUAAUGUGUCUGCUAUCGGAGCCAUCUGGAAAAUGUUUAUCAUUGUUUUUUAGUCCAGAAUAUGAAGAAGACAUACAUUUUGUAUAUUUCUUUGUGUAUCAAGUAUCUAUCAGUCAGUUUCAUAUUAUAUUGUCUCUGUAAUAUAGUUUCACAGUGUGAACAGUAUUCAAAUAUAUUGAUAUCAAGUUUUAUACAAUGUAUUUAUUUGUUUGGGUUCUGCCAAAUCACAGCCAGCCACACUCUGCAUGCAAGCUUGUACCAUCAUCACAAAUCAAUAGGUAAACCAAUCAAUUAAUCAAGCAACCACACCAUGUCGUCUGGUACUUCUCAGAUAACAUCAUUAUCUCUGUUUUAAACUGUCCAUCCCAUGUCAUCAUCUCUGUCUCAUCAUCUCAAGUCAUUUAUACUCUACUUACAUCUAGUAAUCUAUUGAUCUCUAUUCAUCUCUACUAAUCUCCUCAUUAGACUCACUAUGACACUGUGCAACUCAUAAACACAUUUCACUAUUUUAUUUUUAAAAAAUGUAAAGGAUGGCUGGUUCACUGUUUGAGUCAAGCCCGGCCAUUGUUUUAAUGCUGAUGCUUGUGAAUUUUGUUGAGUCAGUGAUGUUGAAUCUUCUGAUGUAGCAUUAACUCUAACUCUGAUUAGUGUUGUUAUUGAUCGUAAUACUCCUCAUCAGGUCUGAUCAGUAUCAUUGAUAACUAUAUCCAUCAUCACGGCAUAUUGCUUAACAUGAAUGUAAUAAUGGGUUCUAUUGGGAUCGAAGGGAAGGUGAAACCUGUCGUCAGCAGAAUAAACCUUCCAUUCCCAGAGA